UACAACUGUCACUUGCAGCUUUUCUCAUAUGGCAUGGACUGUCAUUUUCUGUGUCUAGAAGUCUAUACUUUUCUGCACUCAACAUCAACACUUCACGCAUCAAGUGGACUCUUCAUUCUUUCCAGCCAUCAAACAAAGCCAGAUUGUAACUCCUGUGUGGUUAUUGGUCUGUUUCCAUUAUUCCAUCUCAUCAACUAAAGCACUUCGUCAUUGUCAGUCUAAUGGUGUGAAGAGUUUUCCAUCCCCUGUCUUUGAUCGGUCAGUGCCUGUAUGUUUCUGUCACCUCAUCCCGCAGAGAUGUGCACUGAGUACCGCUGCAGAAAGCCUUUGAAACACUCGACCCAAAGUGACAGACAGUCUUCACAGUGAUGAGGUGUGAUGGUGUCAGAUUGAGCCCCGGGAUGUGAGUGGACCAGUAAACAUGACCCUGUUGGCGGGCGAUGGCUCCGACUACGACUAUAGUGCCCUGAGCUGCGCCUCCGAUUCCUCCUUCAACUGCCCUCCCCUUCACGAGGAGGAGGCCAUAAAGGGAGCUUUCUACAAGAGGGCGAAGAAAGCCCCUGACCUCGGCUCCAUCCACGAGGAAACUCUCCUGUCCAGCGCCCGAAAGCUCUACGCCAUCAUCAAUGUGGGAGGCCUGCGCUACCAGCUGCCCUGGACCACGCUGGAGGACUUCCCCCUGUCCCGCCUGGGCCAGCUCCACCUCUGCAGCAGCUUCGACGAGAUCAUGUGCAUCUGUGACGACUACGACGUCACUCACAAUGAGUUCUUCUUCGACCGCAACCCCUGUGCCUUCAGGACCAUCCUGACCUUCCUGCGGGCCGGGAAGCUGCGUUCCCUCAGGGAGAUGUGCGCCCUUUCCUUCAGGGAGGAGCUGCUGUACUGGGGGGUUCCUGAGGAGAGCCUGGAGUGGUGCUGCAGGAGGCGUCUGCUGCAGCGACUGGAGGAGGUGGAGGCCAUGGAGAGGGCGGAGGAGGAGGAGGAGCUCCUGGAGGACAUGAUGGAGACGGACAGUGGACACAUGGAGCAUGCAGCAGAGACCAGAGUCAACAGGUGCAUGAGCCAACUCAGAGACAUGGUGGAGAGGCCGCACUCAGGCCUGCCGGGGAAGAUCUUCGCCUGUUUGUCCGUUCUGUUUGUCACCAUCACUGCCGUCAACCUGUCCAUCAGCACCAUGCCCGCCAUGAGGGAAGAGGAGGAGGCGGGAAAAUGUUCCCAGAUGUGCUACAACAUCUUUAUUGUGGAGACGGUGUGCGUGGCAUGGUUCUCGCUGGAGUUCACCUUGCGCUUCAUCCAGGACCGCAGCAAGCUGGUGUUCCUCCGGCACCCCCUGAACCUGAUCGACGUGGUGGCCAUCCUGCCCUACUACAUCACCCUGGUGGUGGACAGCACCUCCAAAGGGGAGAAGAAGCUGGGCUCUGGGAACAGCUACCUGGACAAAGUGGGCUUGGUGCUGCGCGUCCUGAGGGCGCUGCGCAUCCUGUACGUGAUGCGGCUGGCGCGCCACUCUCUGGGCCUGCAGACUCUGGGGCUGACGGCCCGGCGCUGCACCCGGGAGUUUGGACUGCUGCUGCUCUUCCUGUGUGUGGCCAUCGCACUGUACUCCCCCUUACUGUACUUGAUUGAGAAUGAAAUGGCCGCAACGCAGGAGUUCACCAGCAUCCCUGCGACCUACUGGUGGGCCGUCAUCACCAUGACCACAGUGGGGUACGGGGACAUGGUGCCACGGAGCAUCCCGGGACAGGUGGUGGCUCUGAGCAGCAUCCUGAGCGGGAUCCUCCUCAUGGCGUUCCCCGUCACCUCCAUCUUCCACACCUUCUCCAGGUCCUACGUGGAGCUGAAGCAGGAGCAGCAGAGGGUUCUGCAGCGGAGGACUCACUUCCUGCUGAGGGGCCGCAUGGCCGGCCUCGGCAGCAACCGCUCCUUAGAGAAUGACAUGAUGUUUCCUAUAAGGUCGUCUGACAGGCACGACUGAUUGAACAAUUUAAACGUUGACUUUAAUGUUACAUGUCAACAGAUUGCACAUAAUAGUAUUAGGUUAGUUGAACACAAUAAUAUUAAGUUUAAAUUACAAAUAUUAAGUUCAAAUAUUAGGUUCAACUUAAUAUUAUUGCUUUCAACUGACCUAAUACAAUUAUGUGUAAUCUGUUGAUCUUUUAAAUGUAUUCAAAUUCAACGUUUAUAUUUUCUGUGGAUGGACAGGGAAGGACAUACAACUGGGAUUGGGAUAGGAGAAGUCUGAGAAAGAGGAAAACAGAAGUGGGUAGAAAGGAAUAUAGAUAGAAGGGAGGAAGGAGCAGUCUUUAUAAACAAGAUCCAUAAAGGAAAAGGGUCAUUUUUCUUCCUAAUGCAGACAUGCUGUGUAGCAGUGUACUUUUGGAGAGGAUUGGAGUAUUAAAUAAAUGUUUCUAUCAAAAAAUCUUCUAACAUGGCCACAUAAUAUCAAAUAACAGUCCAAUUUACAGAAUAAUAAUAAUACAUUUUAUUUGAGGGCGACUCUCACGACACCCACGCACAGCCUACAAUAAUAAACAACACUAUACAACACUAUAAACAGAAAAAACAUUAUAAACAGUACAGCAUUUAAGAAUACCAUUGACUUAUAGUGUCACAACAGUCCUAUUUUGAAAUGCAUUGUAAAUCAGACAUGUGAAAUAUAUAUUUGAGAUAUAAAAGAUAAGGUUUGGCUCACGUAUGAUCCAACAACAUAGUGAUGUUUUAAUCUCUGAUGUCUCCAGACGUUUCAAUGGAUUUAGUGGAUUUGUUGAUGUCAUGUUCUCCUGGGAGUUCACCAGUGUCACGUAAAGGAAGAUGCUUUCUGCUUCUGUUAAGUCCCAAAGGUUAAAUACUCAAAUGUGACCCCUUAAUCCACUGAUUAUUUUCUGAAUGACUGUGUAAACUCUGAGAAUGUGUUAUAUAAUGUUCUAUAUAUUGCCCCGUCUGGCACUGCCAGCAUCCACAUAUUAAUUAUGAUGUAUUAAUUGUAACAUUUCUCGGCUCACGAAGUUCCAUAUGCAGUUCUUAAAAAAGGUUUGGACAUUGAAGAUAGCAUUGUCGUGCUUGUAAUUACUGCAGUUGCUGUCCAUAGCUGUUUAUAAUAAUGACUUUGCUCCUUAAAGUGGAUUUAAAUGGAAA